GCCGACCACGAGCGCGCUCUAGAAGAGGCCAAGGAGAAGCUGAAGAAGUCUCGAGAUGAGAUCAAGGUCGAGAUCCAGACCGAGAAGAACAAGCUGAUGGAAGAUCUUAAAAAGAAGGAUAACCAACCCAUGCCGCUGGCUCCGGUCCCCAACCUGCCGGAGCUAAAGAGCGGGGACCCCGGGGACCCUGAGAACCGAGAGAAAAGGGACAAAAUCAAGGAGAUGAUGAAGCAUGCAUGGGAUAAUUAUAAACAGUAUGGCUGGGGCCACAAUGAGCUUAAACCUAUCGCAAGGAAGGGGCACUCCACCAACAUAUUUGGAAACUCACAGAUGGGGGCCACCAUUGUGGACGCUCUGGACACCCUGUAUAUUAUGGGACUUCUGGACGAGUUUCGAGAUGGACAGGAGUGGGUGCAGAACAACCUGGACUUCGGCGUGAACUCCGAGGUGUCCGUGUUCGAGGUGAAUAUUCGCUUCAUCGGGGGUCUGCUGGCGGCAUUUUACCUGUCCGGACAGGAGGUGUUUAAGAAUAAGGCGGUGCUGCUGGCAGAGAAACUGCUCCCUGCAUUUAAUACCCCGACAGGCAUCCCCUGGGCCAUGGUCAAUCUAAAGAGUGGUGUUGGAAGGAACUGGGGGUGGGCAUCUGCAGGUAGUAGUAUCCUCGCUGAGUUCGGUACCCUCCACCUGGAGUUUGUACACUUGACCUACCUGACUGGCAAUCCUGUAUAUUACAAUAAGGUCAUGCAUAUCCGAAAAUUUCUGCAGAAAAUGGAUCGUCCCAAUGGGCUCUACCCAAACUACUUGAAUCCGAGAACCGGACGCUGGGGGCAGCACCACACCUCGGUGGGCGGAUUAGGAGACAGCUUCUACGAGUAUCUCCUGAAGGCCUGGCUGGUGUCUGACCGGUCAGACAUUGAUGCUCGGAAGAUGUAUGACAACGCCAUUGAAGCCAUUGAGAAGCACCUGGUCCGCAAGUCAAACGGCGGGCUGACCUUUAUUGGCGAGUGGAAGAACGGUCACCUGGAGAGGAAGAUGGGCCACCUCACCUGUUUUGCAGGAGGCAUGUUAGCGCUGGGAGCGGACGGGUCUCCAGGGGACAAGGCCGGGCACUACCUUCAGCUGGGCGCAGAGAUUGCCCACACGUGUCAUGAGUCCUACGACCGGACAGUGCUGAAGUUGGGCCCUGAAGCUUUUAAGUUUGACGGGGGCGCGGAAGCUGUGGCCGUGCGUCAGAAUGAGAAAUAUUACAUCCUGCGGCCAGAGGUGAUUGAAACAUACUGGUACAUGUGGCGCUUCACCCACGACCCUAAAUACCGGACUUGGGGCUGGGAAGCGGCUCAGGCCAUUGAGAAGUACUGCCGCGUCAGUGGAGGGUUUUCCGGGCUGAAGGACGUGUACUCCUCUGCACCAGCGUACGAUGACGUGCAGCAGAGCUUCUUCCUGGCCGAGACGCUGAAGUACCUGUACCUCCUCUUCUCCAGCGACGACCUUCUGCCAUUAGACAACUGGGUGUUCAACACAGAGGCGCAUCCGUUACCCGUCAUCCACCUGGCCAAUAGCACGCUGCCUGGCAGCCACGUGGCGCGAUAGGACCAUUUCUCUGGGACCACUGCAGACUUAAUGGGGCUUUUCACAAGGAGACCUUUCUUACAAGACUGGGGCGACCUGCUGACCCCAGGCACAAUUCCAUUUCCGUCAUUAACCUGCCAGCGGAAGGAGGCGAUUCACUGACCAAACCGCUCUGCUUGUCCAGGCUGCUACCGCAGGGGUUAUGGGGCCAAAGGUGGGGGUUGGGGCAGUUACAUGGGGGUAUUUGGAUAAGACGGCACGUGUUUUAAUGGCACUUUUUUGUCAGAUUUUGCACUGUGUCAUAUAACAGGCGUGACAUUGCCAAAGCUUCCUGCUCAUUCCGUGACUGUGGAAGAGAAUGCGGCACCCGGAGUGAUGGUACUCUUAUCGCCAGGAGAGAAGGAGCGGCUCUGUACGGUAAUGCCGGGUUACUAGACACAGUCUCAUCAGGAACAUCCUGGCUCUCCGCGUAUCCUGUCCUUCUCUCCCCCCCCCCCCCCGUCCCCCAGCGGCUCUCCACCUCCUCUCCUUUUUAUUUCACUUUCUGGGUUUUAGCGGCAUGAGCAAUGCAACAAGCAGGGGAUUAAAGACAUUGUACAUACA